AUGCUGAAGCCGGGAGACCCCGGCGGCUCGGCGUUUCUCAAAGUGGACCCAGCCUACCUGCAGCACUGGCAGCAGCUCUUCCCGCACGGCGGCGGUGGCCCGCUUAAGGGCGGCGGCGUGGGUCCCCUGGGCACACCGCAGCCCCUGCAGCCGCCGCCACCGCCGCCGCCGCCUCCGGAGCGCGCCGAGCCUCCACCGGACAGCCUGCGCCCGCGGCCCGCCUCUCUCUCCUCCACCUCGUCCACCCCGGGUCCCUCCUCCACCUCGGCCUCCUCUGCCUCCUCCUGCGCUGCCGCCGCCGCUGCAGCCGCGCUGGCAGGUCUCUCGGCUCUGCCGGUGUCGCAGCUGCCGGUUUUCGCGCCUCUAGCCUCUGCCGCCGUCGCCGCUGAGCCUCUGCCCCCCAAGGAACUGUGCCUCGGCGCGGCCUCGGGCCCGGGGCCCGCCAAGUGCGGCAGCGGCGGCGGGGAUGGCCGGGGCGCCCCGCGCUUCCGCUGCAGCGCGGAGGAGCUGGACUAUUACCUGUACGGCCAGCAGCGCAUGGAGAUCAUCCCGCUCAACCAGCACACCAGCGACCCCAACAACCGUUGCGACAUGUGCGCGGACAACCGCAACGGCGAGUGCCCCAUGCACGGCCCCCUGCACUCGCUGCGCCGGCUUGUGGGCACCAGCAGCGCCGCAGCCGCUGCGCCCCCGCCGGAGCUGCCGGAGUGGCUGCGGGACCUGCCGCGGGAGGUGUGCCUGUGCACCAGCACCGUGCCUGGCCUGGCUUACGGCAUCUGCGCCGCUCAGAGGAUCCAGCAGGGCACCUGGAUUGGGCCCUUCCAGGGCGUGCUGCUGCCCCCAGAGAAAGUGCAGGCGGGCGCAGUGAGGAACACGCAGCAUCUCUGGGAGAUAUAUGACCAGGAUGGGACACUACAGCACUUUAUUGAUGGUGGGGAACCUAGUAAGUCGAGCUGGAUGAGGUAUAUCCGAUGUGCAAGGCACUGCGGAGAGCAGAAUCUAACAGUAGUUCAGUACAGGUCGAAUAUAUUCUACCGAGCCUGUAUAGAUAUCCCCAGGGGCACCGAGCUUCUGGUGUGGUACAAUGACAGCUAUACGUCUUUCUUUGGGAUCCCCUUACAAUGCAUUGCCCAGGAUGAAAACUGGAUAAGACCCUACCAAUGCGGUCACUGCUCCCAGUCCUUUUCCCAACCUUCAGAACUGAGGAACCACGUGGUCACUCACUCCAGUGACCGGCCUUUCAAGUGCGGCUACUGUGGUCGUGCCUUUGCUGGGGCCACCACCCUCAACAACCACAUCCGAACCCACACUGGAGAAAAGCCCUUCAAGUGCGAGAGGUGUGAGAGGAGCUUCACGCAGGCCACCCAGCUGAGCCGACACCAGCGGAUGCCCAAUGAGUGCAAGCCGAUCACCGAGAGCCCAGAAUCAAUCGAAGUGGAUUAA